AACAAUACGCACGCGCAUUUCCUUUCGAGCAUCGCCCCGUUUUUUACACGCUUUUGCCAAGUAUACAUUCACGUCCAUACGAGAAAGAGAUAAUCUAAGACGCCUACGAACUUGUCGUCGAGCCGCCAUAUGCCACGUCAAGCCAGAAUGACGUUGCAGUGGCGAGAUCACGCCAUUUAACGAAAUUUAAUAGCGAAGAAAGGAGAUACACAGUGUAAUACAUACUUCGCCGAAUCUAAAGUGCAUUGAUAAGUAUUACGGGGAUAAGAACAGAGGAUAGAAGAAAGUAUUUAGUACGAAAAUAAGCCUGUGUUCAGGCGUGAAGAACAUUCGAGAGAAAAAGAAAAACAGGGGCGUAACCGAGUUGAUGAAAAGGGACAGAAAACGUUAACGAAACUGGUACAUUCGUUUGUUGGUGCGCGCACGCGCGCCCUACGUUAAUAUCGAGAGAGAAAGAGAAACGGAAAGACGCACGACACAUAUAUAUAUAUGUAUAUAUACAUAUAUACAUAUAUGUAUAUAUAUUCUGUAGGCUAAUUUGUGUCCCGUAGAACCGAGUAUUUUCCAAAUUUCAAAUGCUAGAAUUCAGGCACGCGAUUAUUUCGCAAACAAAGAGCCAUCGAGUGUGGUCGCGUCAAUCGAUCGAAUGAUCAUCGUCGGGCCACAGUGCUAUAUCAUACGGUACAAAACACGAUCGAUCGGGACAAAACAAUGGCAUUAGAGAGUGUUUCCGCGGCUGAGACUCUAAUCCAAAGUAAUAAUGACAAUGACUUGGAAGAUGGAGAAAUUCCAUCCGAUGAAGACGAUGAACCUGUACCACCACCACCAGCUGAUGAUACUGUCAAGAAUACAUCGAAGACAGAUACAUCAAAAAAUAAAAGCUUUGAUUCUAAGUUUAAUAAAAAUAAAAAGUCCAGUGUACAAGGAGGCAGUAAACAUGAGCGGUUCUUAAAGUACAAAAGCCCAACAGAAGAUUGGGCUGGUGAUGUCGAGAAGGCUAUUAGGGCAGCUUUAGAAGAGGAUGGUGCUAGAAGCCAAGAUUCUAAAUCUAAGAGUAAAAAUAAUAGAAAUAAGAGUAGGAAAAGGCUACGAGAUGAAAGAGAAGAAGACCGUAGCAAGGAUCAGAAGAGGCGAAAGGUGAGCGAUGAUGAAAAUGCUAAUGAUGACGAAGAUGAAAUGUUAUUUGUAAGAGGUGCUUCACCUGUUAGGAAAGAUUCACAAGAAAAUAGUUCCCCGAGACAUACCAAUGAACAUGAAAAUUUUGACAGUAACUCUGAUUACGAUGAAAGGCCUACUGUAAAUCGUCAUAGGGAUAAUGAUACUAAGCGUGGCAGUACAAGAGGCGGUGGAGGAGGAGGAAGAAGAGGUGGUAAAAGCGAACGCGGCGGUAAAAAUAAAACUCGUGGACAAAUGCGUAAUGAUAGAAAUGGACGAAGAAAUCAGAGCAAUGACCAUAAUCAAGAUCCAGAUGCUAUAUGCGUUUACUACAUGCAAGGAAAAUGUCAUAGAGGAGACGACUGCCCCUUUUCGCAUAAUGCAUUGCCACCUAGAAAAAUGGAACUAUGUAAAUUUUACCUUAUGGACUGUUGCGCGAAGAGAGACAAGUGUCUUUACAUGCAUCAUGAUUUUCCAUGUAAAUUUUUCCAUACAGGAUUGAAAUGCAAUCAGGGAGAAAAUUGUAAAUUCUCCCAUCAACCUUUAAAUGAACAGGUAAAAGGAAUACUACUGAAACAUUUAGAAACAGCACCAAAGGAAAUUCUUGGUGAUUUUCCUCGUUUAAGUAGAGAAGGAGCAAUGUUAAUGAUUAAUAACACAGCAAGAACACUAGCACAAGGUCAGGAGGCCACAAAUCAAAAGAUUCCAAGUCUUUUCGAUUUAAAUGUGACUGCACCAAUUAAUGCCACAGAAAAAAGUAAUGAAAAGGAAGAAAAAGAAGAACACACAGUGCAACCUAAAACUGUUAGAGAAAGAAAACCAUCUGGCAAAAAAACUCGAUGGGGGUCAGAUGAAGAUAGAGUUCCAUACGAACAAAUUAUGCUAUUACAAUCAGCCAAUGAGUUCGGUUUGCAACUUCCUAAUGCUGCAUUAGGUUUGGCAACUCAACAGCAACUACAUCAAAAACCAUUGACACCAUCUUUACCAAACAUGGAUUUUUAUACAGAGGCCAAUUCCGAUUUGAACAAAGCUACUUUAAGUAAAGUAAGGGAUAGAGAAGAUUUUACAAAGGAUGUAGAAGAAGAUGAGAUUCUAGAACAGGCAAAGAAAAAAGAUACUUCUAUACUUGAAAAUUCGAAAGAUAUAGAUUUAAGGCAAUUAUUAAAAAGUUCAAAAAAAUCCCCACCCGUUGUUAGUAUAGCAGAUGAAGUAGCAAAUCUUACUAAAUCAAAGUUCGAGGAAGAAAGUGAUCAGGACGAAGAAACUGAUCUUGUUAUCGAGGUGCCAGCCGAAGAUGACGAUAAACCGAAAGACAAAAGUACAGAUCAAGAAGAAACGUCUACCGCAAAUGAACAAAGUAUUAAUUUAAAUGCUUCUUCGCCGCAUGCGGAAGAGCAAGAAGUACCGGCACAUUUACCGAAAAAGGCACAAGAAUUGUUUAUGCGUAUCCAACAACAACAACGGGCAGCUCAAGAUAGCUUUAAAAAUAUGGAGAACGAAUGUCCUACACGAAACACAGAUCAAAUUUUAGAAGAUUGGUACUCAGAUGACGAGGACGACGAUGACGACGACGAAGGUGGUAACCUUACGAUAGUACUAUCUAAUAAGGACAAUUUGAAAGAAGAAAACGAGUUCGCAGAAAAGACACAGAAUAUUGUCAUUAAAGAAGAAUUUCAGCCCCAAACCGUAACACCUACCAUACCACAGCCAGCAGCUAUCGUAGACAAACUCGGUGAUUUGAGUAAAAUCGAUAUCAGCGCUGAAGUGUCGAAGUUGUUAUCUUCGCUCAAAGCACACAGUUCGACUACUGGCAAAUCUGGUCAACAGUCUUCAAAUGGACAGGAUUAUCUUUCGAAAGUUAAAUCCUCGCCAGAUAGAGCAUCAUUAGAUGAUUCCAAUAGCCAAAAUAAAAUGGGUAUUCCUACAACGUUCAAUACUUCAAAUCAAUUGGCAAAAAUCGAGAAUGAAACAACGAGUCCGCGUUCCUCGCCUGGAACGAGCUCCGCGCCUGUGUCGAGAGAUCCUCGCAUGUCCCGGGAUCCACGGCAACGUAGAGAUGAACAGAAGCCAAGUAGUCCCAGCAGGAUAGACUGUAAAAAAGAAUCGAAACAUCUUCGACUGGAAACAAGCAUCUACAGUUCUGGUAUUACCGCUGUUGAUACUAAUAUGGACACAGAUCUUCGUACCAAGACGGAUCAGGAUCUUAGAAGGAAAGAUAUGGAUUUCAGACAACGAUUUCAAACUGGUUUCGGGGAUACGGAUCUUCGAGUUGUCGGUGCAAGUUUUACAGAUGCAUCGACAAAAUCUGACAUUGAUCUGCGACAAAUGUUAAGUCUACCUUUCAAACCAGCACCAUCACACAUACCAUGCACGGAAAUAGACGCGAGUAUCUCUUCGCAUCCUCCAAUGGUGUACAAAGUGUACGUUGUUGACAUACCAAGACCCGAUUACACGGGUCUUAAACUCACGAAGAACGACGCACUGGUGAAAUACGAUCCACGUUUGAGGAAAAUAUUUAGAAUCGGUAAAAUCGAACUAGCCGAUUCUCCUAUGUCUCCACCUCCACUGAAACCAGAUACUCCGAAAUCCCCCCCUCAAAUUCGAUCUGAUCCGCGUCGAAAAGCUCUCGAGGCUUCCAAUUUAUCUUCUCAAAAUGUAAAUGCUUCCAUGAUGAAAACUGUACAGCAGUCACCAAUGGAAAUAACGAACAUAGGAAUUGGCCCUGGUGGAUUGUCCGUUCCUCAGGUUAUACCCGGACCGCAAGCUAUGCAAGGAGGACAAGGUAUGAUGCCUAUGGGUCCGAAUCCAAUGCUGGGAAACAUGGGCCCGAUGGGACCCAUGAUGAACGCACCUAUGGGCCCUCAAAAUAUGGCACCUAUGGGUAUGACAGGAAUGUCCAAUAUGCCACCAGGCAUGCCUCUUAAUGGACCACCAGUUGUGCCUCAAAGUCAGAUGAACUUUGAUCCACGUUUUAACGUGCAACGUAACAAUGGAGCCGGACUUCUGGGUCCAGCACCUGGUGUAGGUUUUGGACCAGAUGUUAAUUCAUCGUACGACGGUGCAACCAAUUAUUCUGGUAGUAAUUUCAAUAAUUUUGGUCCCGGUCCUGGUCCAGUACCUCCAGAUUCUGCUAUGAUGGGGUUCAAUCCAAACGGCCCGAAUCCAAAUUUUGGUAUGGAUGGGGCAGAGUGGAAUGGAACUAAUCAAAAUAGACGAGGUGGUCGAAUUAGGCGGCGGAAUCGAAACAGGACCAAUAUCGUGACUAAUAAUUAAAGCAAUAAGCAAUUUUGAGUAGGUACAUAAGCGAAGUACCUGGUGAUAAUUCUCAUUCUAAUUUAAAUUUGUACAGCAUGCAUUGUUGAUAUAAUGCAUUCAUUUAUGCGGUCCAGAUUAAUUGUUUUAAUCGUGUCAAUUGUACAUGGUGUCAAAUGCUCGCUAGUGAUUAUAUAACAGAAUAGAAAUUUAAGGAGUCGAAAAUAUUAAGAAAUUGUAAAUGAAUAUACUUUCAAGCAUUUGUUAAAACGCAUGCACAUCGUGAAUGCUGUGGAUAAUGCUCAUAAUCACGUGACGUUCUAUAUUUUAUUUAAAAAUAUAAAUCAUAUUCUACGAUGAAAUUAUAUACACAAUACAUUUAUUAAAUUACAGAUAAAUGAAAUUAAUUGAUUGAGCAAACUUGUCUGUAUAUAUAGAAGAACAUUAUCAAUUUGAAAAGACAUUUAAUACAUAAGGUAUGAUGAAUAAAAAUAGUUUGAUUUAUAUUUUUUUUAUGUCUUCCAUGUAUAGUACGUAACAUCAAUGCAUUAUAUACGAUUCAUGUGCACACUGUAGUUUUUGGCUUUUAGGACGCAUGUAGAUUUUAUCGAGUUGCGUUCGAACGAGUAUGAUGUAAAUUAUUCGAUUGUUAAAUGGCCUAAGGCUCAUUAUCAUAAAUUGUAACACCAAUGAAGUAACGGUACAUCAAUCAGUACGACAUUGCAAUAUUUUGUAAAAAAUUAAUGUAUUUAUAAGAAUUUUGAAAACAGUUGUACAUGGAGAUAAUUUUUUACUUGCGAUAAGUAUUGAAGAUAUAUAAAUGGGUACAUAAAAUCUUUCAUUUCAAUUUUUGUAGAAGUUGCAAACUAAAAACUUUCGAAUAGAUGUUAAUCCUGUAAUAACGUAA